GUAUAGAAUUUGUAAGCAUAAACUAGCCAAUGGGAGCGGAGGACGCUUUUGGAGGCGGGGAAUAGGGGUAGAGACUGUAGUUGCUCGGUGAGGGACUGUGAACAUCCAGUCACUGCACUUCCUUCUCUGAACCAUCAUCAUCACCCUCCUUCUCCAUUCUCAGCAGUAACUCCAGGGCGAGGCCACAAAUCAGGUGCACCAUGCCUAAAAGAAAGUCUCCAGAAGGUGCUGAGGCCAAAGACGCAGCUAAAGUAACCAAACAAGAGCCUACAAGAAGGUCUGCAAGAUUGUCAGCAAAACCUGCACCUCCUAAACCUGAAGCAAAACCGAAAAAAACUACCACCAAGAAGGAGCCAGGAACAAAAGCAAACAAAGGUGCUAAAGGAAAGAAGGAGGAAAAACAAGAAGCUGCAAAGGAAGGUACUACACCAUCUGAAAAUGGUGAAACUAGAGCCGAUGAGAUUCGCAUCUCUCGCUCAUCUGUUAAUGUUUCAACAUCCAGAGGUGCCCUGCCCACCACACUGUCAGUAAAAGGGCAGAUUGAAACAGUGAAAGUUAAGGGCACAGAAAACUGAAGAUGCGGGUUCUGAUAAGGAAUGAUAUGACCAUGGAAAUCUUGAUUUUACGUACCUCUUGAAGAACUUUAAGAAAAAAUAUUUUUCUCAAGUAUUUUGUAAAUGCUAAUUUUUUUAGAACGGUAGUUUAACUUUUACAUAUAUAUAAUGUACAUGAACAUUUCCUUCACAUAUUCAUGCUUUGCUUUUCCCCGCUCAUUGUCUACAAGUUUUUAUAAAUAUCAACUUUAGUGUGUGUAUGCGUGCUUGGCUGGAUUGCAUAUCUGUACUUUUUAUUUGCUUUUAAAAAGGAAAAAGAGAAAAAAUUACAGUGCAUAUGGUGAUGUUUUUACUGUGCAGAUUUAGAAUUUUCCCAUGCAGUUUUUCUAUAGCAAUAAUCUGUGGUGCUUUUGUACUUUUAAUGUUUGUGGUUUUGAAAAAGACUAAAUUGUUGUGAGCAUCUGCUGAGUUUUUUUUUUUUUUUUCUUUUAACUGUUAAAAAUAAAGGUCUUGCCUUUAUA